AUGCUGCAUUCUUCACAUCAACGCCGUCGUCUCUACACGGUCGCCUACUUAUUCAGCACGCGCUUGGUUUUACUCACCGCACAGGUAAUGCUAUUAGCGCCGGUUCUUCGCUGCAAGCAACGCGACAUAUAUCGAACCCAUUCCGCCUUCAGUUGCCUUGCAAUCCUGGCAUUUUUGUUGUUGUGCAGCGCCACACCAUUUCUACUACGUAUCAUCGCCUCAACGUACGAACUUGUAGGCGUCCAAUAUGACAAUAUUUUCGUGCUAAUCGCCAUGGUUUCUCAGCGAGUGCGCGCCCUAUGCGGUCGCAAUUUAGUGAGUGGAGAAGCGCUGCUGUUAUUCUGGUUGCAAUUGGGACUGACGCUGUACGAUGUACUCAUGCAACUGGUCUUUCUAGCGAACAUGGCAUUUAAACUGGAUCCGUGGCAGUUUUUAGUGAAUCUGGCAUCAUUGUAUCUGCAGCAAUGCCGCGCAACACUACAACUUCUAAUUAUGGGAUCUGUGCUAUUGUUGACGGUUUGUUAUGAUCAGUUGGCCCUUUGCGUGGAUGACAUCUCGCAGGGCAUAGCUGUUGAACUGAUACAGUUCGAAGAGCUGGUUUCGCUACAGAAUGCGUUGGAUGGGCUUCUUCGGCAACUAAUCCAUAUAUUUCAGCUGCCUCUCUGCCUCGCUGUUGGUGGAGAGUUCAUCAAUGUAUUGGCCAACCUAUACGCACAGCUGUACUAUUAUGUAAUAACAAAAGCUUUGUGGCUGGCUUUUGUCUUCUACUGCGCAAAAAUCAGCAUAGAAUUGUAUUUACUCAUUCACGUCGUUCAUUUUUGCUGCGAGCGACAAAAAAACGUGAUAUGUGUUUUUCUCGAAAGCGACAUUGACCUGGAGGAGGGAAUGGAGUGGCGUUUCGAAUUAACCCAUUCGGAUGCUUUGUGGCCGCAGCCGAUUAAAUUUUGCAUUCUUGGCCUUUUCGAGCUCGAUAACGAAUUUUGGCUAUUCCUCCUCGCCUAUUCGGUGAAUUUUAUAGUAAUUAUUUUACAGUUUGGAUUUUAUUCAUAAGCGAAUGAGU